CUUGCGCGAGGGUACUGCGGUUGCGGGCGAAUCCGCAUCCUCCCGAGCCGCCGACAACGUCGCGGCGACAGGUAUAUAAGGGGAGAGGCGACGGCCGAAAGACAUGGAACUUGCUCUCCUGGCAUCUAGUCGGAAGAGAGAACCAGCAUGAACGCUCUGAAGGCUGUCGUGUUCCUCGGCCUCUUGGCCACCUCCUUCGCUGGCCAGGUCGGCCAUGGCCUCGGCUAUGGCCUCGGCUAUGGCGGCUAUGGCGGCCUCGGCUACGGCUACGGUGGCCUCUCCUACGGCACUGGCGUCGGCCACGUGCUCGGUGGAGGCCUCGCCCUCGGCCACGCCGUCGCUGCUCCGGCUGCUGUGACCACCGCCGUCCACCACGCCCCGGCUGUGGCCACUUACUCCGCUCCAGCCGUAACCGCCGUCCACCAUGCUCCGGCAGUCUCCUACGCUGCCCGCCCCGCCGUUGCCGUCGCGCGCUACGCCAGCGCUCCGGCUGUCAGCUACGCCACCGCUCCGGCUCUCAGCUACGCCGCCGCCCCGGCUGUCAGCUACGCCUCGUACGCCGCACCCGCCGUAGCCGCCGUCCAGCACGCUCCGGCCGUCUCCUACGCCGCUCCCGCUGUUGCCGUCGCCCGCCCCGCCGUUUCAGUCACCCGCUACGCCACAGCCCCGGCUGUCAGCUACGCCUCGUACGCCGCUCCCGCCGUAGCCGCCGUCCACCACGCUCCGGCCGUCUCCUACGCCGCUCCCGCUGUUGCCGUCGCCCGCCCCGCCGUUACCGUCGCUCGCCAAUCCUACACCGUCGCCUCUGCCCCGGCUGUUAGCUACGCCUCGUACGCUGCUCCCGCUGUCUCCUACGCUGCCGCCCCUGUGGCCGUUGCACGCCCCGCCGUUUCAGUCGCCCGCUACACCGCCCCGGCUGUCAGCUACGCCUCCUACGCCGCUCCCGCCUAUGCCGUCGCACGUCCCGCUGUGGCUGCCGUCCAAGCUGCCCCAGCCGUGACCACCGUCCAAGCUGCCCCAGCCGUGACCACCGUCCACGCUGCCCCAGCCGUGACCGCCGUCCACGCUGCCCCAGCCGUCUCCUACGCCGCCGCUCCCGCCGUGACUGCUGUGCACGCUGCCCCAGCCGCUGUCAGCUACGGCAGCGCUCUCGGCUACGGCAACGCUCUCGGCUACGGCAGCACCUUCGGCCACGUCCUCGGCGGUGGUCUCGCCCUCGGCCACGCUGUCGCUGCCCCGGCUGCCGUCUCCACCACCGUUCACCACGCCACUCCGGCGUUUGCCACCGCCCCAGUUGCCACCUAUGGUGUUGGCUACGGCCACGGUCUGGGCUACGGUCUCGGAUACCACGGCCUCGGCUAUGGUCUCAGCUCUGGCUACGCCCUUGGUGGCUACAACUACGGCCUCGGUGGCUACACCUACGCCCUCCACAAGAAGAAGUAAACGCUGAGAGCAAGGAGAUAGGCGACACCGCUAGGAAGGAUCGCGUCAGGACCGGCUGGCAAGACCUGCACUUCAGACUAUUUAUGCUGGUUCUCCGUGUUCCGAUAAUAAAAGGUUGUCAGAAUGAAAACAA